AAAACAAUUAGAACUGCAGCAGUGGCUCACAACCAUCCUUAACUCCAGUUCCAGCAAGACUGGGACUCGGACUUGGGUCCUCUGGAAGAGCUGCCCAGCCACUUCUUCAGCCGCAUUUUUUUUUAUUCAUUUAUUAUAUAUAAGUACACUGUAGCUGUCUUCAGACACACCAGAGGAGGGCAUCAUAUCUCUUUACAGAUGGUUGUGAGCCACCAUGUGGUUGCUGGGAAUUGAACUCAGGACCUCUGGAAGAGCAGCCGGGUGCUCUUAACCGCUGAGCCAUCUCUCCAGCCCCCAGCCGCAUUUUUGUUUCUGAUUUUUGGACUAAAGAAAACCUGGCUUUGAAGGUGACACAGUCAAGUCUCUUUCAGAUCCUGAAGGAAAUAAAUUCUGGGUUCUCAGGCUUGAAGAAAACCGAAUCCUACGGUACGGGUCUUUCCAUUUCAAAAAGGAAGAAUCAGAGCACUUAGCACAGACCGCUCAAGGCAUGACUAACAGAAGGAGCUCUCUUCCCUUGUUCCGGGAGGACUUCCUUGUAGGGAGUCAUUCAUCGCUUUUCAAGAGGUUAAAACUUUCCAAUCAAGGGCACUGGGCUCAGUUCUCUGGGAGUCAAAGAGAGGCUUUAAGUUCCCUGCACAAUGGAGAGGUCUAAGGUGUGAGAGAUCACCUGACCCCAAACAAAAGCACGUUAAUCCUUUGCAAUAAUGAAAAAUAGGAAGGGCCACGGGUUCCAACAGACUUAUGGCCACAAUGAUCUCAAGUCAAGGAGGAUGGGGGGGGGGGGGAGGCUCUGAUUAAAUUUCAUAGAACUAAAGACUUCGUCCCGCGAGUGCACGCCAAAUGUUAAGUCCCCGUCAAGGCAGCUGAUUGCAUUGGUUUAGUUGAUUGAGAGCCAAAGUCAAUUUCCGGGUGUUGAGACCGGGUGUCUUAUGUAAGACGCGGAGGGAAGCUGGGUGGGUGUUGGCUUUUACGGAACUUCUCUGUUUUCGUUUUGUGACUUCUGUGAGCCUAUAAUUAUUUCAAAAGAAAAAGUAACAUAACAAAGGCCAACAACUAGUCCGGCCCCGCACAAAGCACCUCGGGGCCCGCCCCACACCGCGCUCGACCGGCCUCCUGGGCUAGGCGCAGCCGGGUGAGGGGAGAAGAUGUGGGCGGGGCGCCGCCGCGCACGCGCAGUCCCACUGCCCGGCAAGCGCCGCCGGCGGGUGGCGCAUGCGCAGUGUCGGCCGCAACGGCCCCUCUCUCCACAGUCUGAGGGGGUAACCGGGGAGCCUUGGCCCCUCCGCGCUGCCGUCUUUUCCGGCAGUUGGGGUUCUUCCUGUUGUCCUCUCCCGUCACGGCUCGGCAGCCGCGCUCCCUCGGCGUCCCCGGCGCGGCGCGGUCGCUCUCGAGCCGCCCGCUCGUCGCGUCUGUGCCGUCUCUGUCGCCGCCGGCCCCGUGCUUCCCUCCCCCCUGGGUCUGUUUUUUCAGGAUCGUUCUCGCUCUGCAGCCCUGGCUGCCCUGGCUGCCCUGGAACUCCACCCCCUGGUCUUGUGGAGCUUUUUGCCAUGGCAAUGACAGGAUCUACACCUUGCUCAUCCAUGAGUAAUCAUACGAAGGAGAGGGUGACAAUGACCAAAGUGACACUGGAGAAUUUUUAUAGCAACCUUAUCGCUCAACAUGAAGAACGAGAAAUGAGGCAGAAGAAAUUAGAGAAGGUGAUGGAAGAAGAAGGCCUGAAAGACGAGGAGAAACGACUCAGAAGAUCUGCACAUGCUCGGAAGGAAACGGAGUUUCUUCGAUUAAAGAGAACAAGGCUUGGACUGGAAGAUUUUGAGUCUUUAAAAGUCAUAGGCCGAGGAGCAUUUGGUGAGGUGCGGCUUGUCCAGAAGAAAGACACAGGGCACGUGUAUGCGAUGAAAAUCCUGCGCAAAGCAGACAUGCUGGAGAAGGAGCAGGUUGGCCACAUCCGUGCGGAGCGUGACAUUCUAGUGGAGGCAGACAGUUUGUGGGUUGUGAGAAUGUUCUAUAGUUUUCAGGAUAAGCUAAACCUCUACCUAAUCAUGGAGUUCCUGCCUGGAGGGGACAUGAUGACUUUAUUGAUGAAGAAAGAUACUCUGACAGAAGAGGAGACUCAGUUCUACAUAGCAGAGACAGUGUUAGCCAUAGACUCCAUUCACCAGCUGGGGUUCAUCCACAGAGAUAUCAAGCCAGACAACCUUCUCUUGGACAGCAAGGGCCAUGUGAAACUUUCCGACUUUGGCCUUUGCACAGGCUUGAAAAAAGCCCACAGGACUGAGUUUUAUAGGAACCUGAACCACAGCCUGCCCAGUGAUUUCACUUUUCAGAAUAUGAAUUCUAAAAGGAAAGCAGAGACCUGGAAAAGAAACAGACGCCAGCUCGCCUUCUCUACAGUGGGCACCCCUGACUACAUUGCUCCGGAGGUGUUCAUGCAGACAGGGUACAACAAGCUCUGCGAUUGGUGGUCCCUCGGGGUGAUCAUGUAUGAGAUGCUCAUCGGCUACCCACCAUUCUGCUCCGAGACCCCUCAAGAGACGUACAAGAAGGUGAUGAACUGGAAGGAAACUUUGACCUUUCCCCCGGAAGUUCCUGUCUCCGAGAAAGCCAAGGGCCUGAUUCUGAGGUUCUGCUGUGAAUGGGAACAUAGAAUCGGAGCCCCUGGAGUCGAGGAAAUAAAAAGUAACCCCUUCUUUGAAGGUGUUGACUGGGAGCAUAUCAGGUACCCACACUGCGGUCCCGUGUUGAGUGUGUGCGUGCCGUGGGCGAGCGAGGGCCGGAGCACACCUUGGUGCACGUCGUCCUUUCCUUCUAACUGUCACGGGGUUCUGGGGAUCAAAUCAGGUGCCAGGCUUUGUGGCAAGGACCUGUACCCACUGAGCCAUUUGCUGGCCGCAGACUGGGUCUCAUGUAGCCCAGGCUGGCCUCCUGUGAGGUACAUAGCAGACGGUGAUCUUGAACCCCUGGUUCUCCUGCCUCUUCCUCCCAAGUGCUUGGAUACAAGAAUGUACCACCAUCUGUGGGUUACAAUUCCCAUAAGAGACCAUCAGCAAGCUAAGUAAAGGGAGAGAGCCCUUUUGACUCUUAGAGUCUUUCGCUGUGGUGAAAAUGAGGAUCAGAUGAGUCGGACCUGCCUGCCUGCCAGGCCACAGGACGCAGCUGGCCCAGCAGUUCAUGACAGCAGAGUGAAAGCCUGGCACGGUGAAGGGCGUCCAGGGGGAACAGGCCUUUGCUCUUCCCGACCUCUGUGCCUGAGGGCCUUCGUCAGCUCCCGUUACUGAGGUGGGAGGGGUGGAGUUCAGAGGGCAGGGAGGAGGCAUGGCCUGGGCAGAAAGUGUUCUGCCGUUUUCUACUGUAAUUGUGUUCUGACUUAGAUCUUUGUCUCUCUGAGGUAGUGUCUAGUCUAAGCUACCCUGGGACUCACAGUCUGCUUUCUGUGGUCCCUACUGUGGCCAGCAUCCUGGUAAUUUUUACCUUUCUGCUGGAAUCCGGGUAGAGACAAAACUGGGCUGCUUGAAGCUGUUUCCUUCUGGGAUGGGUGCUUCGAUGCAGGGCUGCAGCACCCUGGUUCUUCCCAAGUGCCGGGGUUAAAGGCCCACCCUCAUGCCGGCCGUCGGAGUGACCAGCUCCAGUGGUGACUUUGCUUGGAUGCAGUCGUUUGGCUUAUUUAGCAUUAGAGAAACAAAAUAUCGCCAACAGUGAAUCGUCCUCCCACGUCAGACAGGGAGGAGUCUUCUGAGAGACUCGGUCAGUAUCCUGUGAGCAUUCCAUCUAUGGUCACUUGGGCAUGUCUGUCCUUGACAGGGAGAGACCAGCUGCCAUAUCUAUUGAAAUCAAGAGCAUCGAUGAUACCUCAAACUUCGAUGAGUUCCCGGAGUCUGAUAUCCUGAAGCCCACAGGUAACCCCCUGGCUGCCGCUGCCGUCUCAAGCGUUGCAGCAGCCUGCGAUCGUAGGCUGAUAUUUCCCUAUCAGAAUGUGGAGGGGAACUUCUGGGCCUGUGUAAGUAUGUAUCAGUCCCUACAUGGGGGGACUGCUGAACGGAUGGCCGUGUGGGUCUGGUGAGCUGUUUGAGCUGGCUGAGAAAACCAUAAACUGCUCUUCUGUUACUCAGAUUACAGGCUAUGUGAGCUGACAUGACAGGAGCAAGAAAAUAGAACGUAGAGAUCAUAAGCGAGCAAAGUAGAAAACUGGCACAGUGAAGAAUAAUCCUGUGUAAACGGGAGCUGUGCUGUUCUUCAGGGCCUGGCUGUCAUUGAGGUAGGGCAGUGACUCAGUCUCACGUCUGUUUCUUUGCCAGUGACCACAAGUAACCACCCUGAGACGGACUACAAGAGUAAAGACUGGGUCUUCAUCAAUUACACAUACAAGCGCUUCGAGGGCCUGACAGCCAGGGGCGCCAUACCUUCCUACAUGAAGGCGGCCAAGUAGAGCUGUGCAGGAGCCCUGGAGGGCAGAGUUCUCUGAGCAACGUUGGUUUUCCUCGUGCGCUCUUGAAAGAACUUCCAAGAAUUUGGUAGAACCAUUACUGCGUCCUAGUCAAGUCUCUGAGAUGUGAUUGUGAGUGGCCAUUCCUCCGUAAUGCACCGAGAAGCAGCUGAGAGGACAGAUAAGCGUUUCUCCGUCAGCCAUAGCAGCCGCUUGCUUCUUCUGAAGCCCCACGAGCCAGUUUGGUAGGUGGUGUACGGAGAACUUGAUUUUCCCAAGUUCAUCAGAAUGGAGGGAAGACCAGCCGUCCACCGUGCCGAGCUCACACACACCGAGUACAGCCAAUGCCUGUGCUGUGUGCCACCUGCCAAGCCCACCAAGUAUUUUUCUCUUUAUAGCUGAAAAUUCUGUAGUUAAAGAAAUAAGGCAAUAAUGAAAGUCCUCGUGAACAGCCCAGUGUGGCAGAGGAGCGAGCUCCAUCUCCCCCGCCUCGGCCGGUGCAAAUGGCUUGCACAGCCUUCAUUCGUGGUGCACUUUACCUAUGGUACCAGGGCAGAGACCCUGACCCACUGACCUGUCUUCCCUCCGAAAGACUACGCUGCGCUUCUGUUGAUGGGAGAGGUACCAGUGCGAUCCUUGAUCUUACAAAGCCCACAACACCACUGGGCACUGCCAAGGAGUUUGGACCCUGUGGACAACCCUCACUCUGUCUCCACGGCUGUCUGACGUGACCUUGAGGCACAUGGGCCUCCCAGCAAGCAAUACCCGCGGAUGCUGCCAGAGCAGCCUGACCUGAGGAGCAGGGAGAACCCGCUGGAGCUCAGGCGCUGCCGUGCGGGAUCCCACAGCCUCCUUGGAGUCAAGGCAGGUCCAGCCCGCUGAGUCCUUGAGCUCAUUCCUCAAUCCAUGGUGCAAACGUGUUUGUCUUAGCAUUUCUCUAGCCCAACUUUAGCCAUUUUGCCUUGGAAUCAUGAUUACAAAAUUUUCCUUUGCAGAUGCCUUCCCGGGGCAUUCUUGUCCCUCCACCCACAAGGGUGGCCUGCAGCUUGGGCCGAACUGGCCUCUGCUGUGGUGUUCUCUCCUGAGAAACACUGAAUUUAGCACAAAGUGCCUUCUCUGUCACGGCUGCUGCCACCUUUAGGAGACUUUUGCUGUGUCAGAAAAAUGUGGAGGUUCCAUAUUAAUGCAUUACUAGAGUUUGGUUUUAAGUGUCGGUAACUGUUAAAGCAUUAUUUGCACCUGUGUGGUAACUUGCAGUGUCAUUGGCCAAGCUACAACUGGGAUCGGCUCUCUGCUAGUCCUGAGAUUGUGAAGGUCAGUUUGGUCCCAGCUCAGCCAUUCAGAGAACAGAAUAUAAGACUUAAAAUUGUAAGCAAAACUGCUUUGAGUUUUCAUGUCUUAGAUGAAGAAAAAGGAAUGUUAGGGAAGUCUUAACUCUGGGUUAAGGGUGAUUGAUGUUCGCUCCUUAAUCCUCCAUUCAGAACCUGCUAAUGCGAAGGAGAUAGAGGUGCCUGUGCGUGGCUCUGUGCUCUCUGUGUUCAUGAGCAGUUGAGGUCCUGAUCCCUGUGUUUGCAGAGUGUGUGGUGAGCAUGGGAGAAGUAGUUGAAUAGUGGUAGUCCGCGUGGUGGGGGAUGGUUCGUUUUGGGGGGAAAUGUUCACAUUUUAACUAUUCAACUUUUGAAUAAACUGUGAAAAUAAUAA